CUUCAUCAACGGCAGAAACGUGUACGGCGAAGUGCGGUCGACUCGUCGAUGCGCUGCUGUUCCGCCGCGCUUGUCAAUUUAUAUCAGUUUUUCCGAAACGCGUGUGUAAAUAAACAACUUAUUACUUUUCAUUUGCAAUAUAAUGACGAAGUGAUUUAAAAGUUUGUUCUAUUCGUGUAUAUUUACAGUGGAGCGUUUGAAUGAAACCGUAACCGCUUCUCGCAAUGACAAGGGAGAGCACUCUGUUACCUUUUGAGAAACCGGAGGCAUUAAAAUAUUUCAUGGUGGUCUAAUUGAUGCUUCUUUUGCGUAAAUAAGUGUAUUAUUUGCAUGUAAGAACUACUGUGUAUCGUUUUAGUGACACUUGGAAGUAAAUAUUUAGUUGUUUCGACUCGAUCGUUAGUCGUCUACACGUUGAAAAUGAGUGUUUUGAGUGGUUUGAACAAGGCUGACUUCAAGACGGCAAGCGAUGGCCUGCUGGAACUGUCUGAGGAGCGGCUCAGGAGCAUCAUGCGCUCGGAGCCCAUCACCGACGUCUACCAUGUCGAGCAGACACCCUUUGCAAGGGGCAAAUUCGCGUCGGUCCGCAAACUGCGCCAUCUAGUGUCAGGCGAGGAGUACGCCGCCAAGUUUAUACGCAAGAGACGACGCGCGGCUGACACUACGCGCGAGAUACAGCAUGAGGUGGCCGUGCUGGCGCUCUGUCACGGCUGCACGCGCGUCGUGCGCUUGCACGAGGUGUACGAAACCCGUUCAGAAGUGGCCAUAGUCCUUGAACUCUGCGCCGGGGGCGAGCUUCAGCGUUUAUUGGACGAAGAGGAGCGGCUGACAGAGGGCGCGGCCCGCCGGGCGCUCCGCCACGUGUUAGAGGGUCUAGCCCAUCUGCAUGCCCGCCGCGUGGCCCACCUCGACCUGAAGCCACAGAACCUCCUGCUGUCAGCAGCGGGCGAUGAACUGCUGAUAUGUGACUUCGGCAUCAGUCGGGCAAUACAGCCCGGAGCGCAUGUCCGAGAGAUUUUGGGCACCAGGGAUUAUGUCGCCCCAGAAAUCCUCUCCUACGAGCCGUUAUCCCUGGCCGCGGACAUCUGGUCGGUCGGCGUGCUGGCUUAUGUGCUGCUCAGCGGCUACUCGCCCUUCGCAGGAGACACCAAACAGGAGACGUACUUGAACAUCGCACAGUGCCAGCUCUCCUUCCCCAAGGAGCUGUUCCGCGGCGUCUCUCAGCGAGCCGUCAGCUUCAUACAGGAGACCCUCGUUGUUGACCCCAAGGGCCGUCUUACAGUGGACGAGUGCCUGGAGCACCCCUGGUUAAAAGACGACUCGGACAUCCCGGCGGUCAUCGUCGGCGCCGGCUUCCAGUCCGCGGAGCUGGACGACGACGACUAUAUUACCAACACGGGCACCAACGGUCACAGCGGCACCAACGGGCACGGCACCAAUGGGCACGGCACCAACGGGCAUAGCGCCAAUGGUGUCAACGUUAGCAGCGUUAGCGUGGUUGUCAACGGUGUCAACGGACAUGUCAACGGAGUUAAUGGUGUCAACGUAUGUAACGGCACCAAUGGCACACAUGAUGAGAAGGAGUGUGAGAACGAGUCCGGGCGGGCGGCGUCCCCGGCGGCGGAGCCCCGCGCGGAGGCCGAGGAGCGCGCAGCGGCGCCGGGCGCGGUCAAACAUGCGCAUGCGCGGGAUGUAUCGCCACCUUUCCCCGAUGCACCCUCCACGCCUAAAGUGUCACGCAAGUCCGCGCCGGCGCCGCCGUCAGUGCUAGCGCUGUGCAAGAAGUUCCAGCCCGACUACGAGAAGCCCGCGACCUUAGCGCCGGCCGUGUCGCCCAACAUGUCGGGCAGCAUGUCAGGCAGCCUGCAGGGCAGCAUGUCGGGCGAGUGCGCAUGCGGGCGGCUGCGGCCGGCGCGCCCGCCGCCGCCGCCCGACCGCGCCGUGCUGUGCUAGCGCCUGCUGCGCUGCUACUGCCCGGCCUUCAGGUAGCCGCUAGUAGGCGCUGCAAGUGCCGAAUGCGCCAGCGCCGGCACACGCGUGAUGUAAAUACGUAGCUUAAGUUAGUUAGGAUUACACCAGUUGUAUUAUAUUAUUGAGUAGGGGCCCGAUUACGCGAACUCGGAUCUACUUAACGACGCGAGCGGGCGAGGACCGCUCGAGUCGCUCGCGAGUUCGUUUAGUAAUCGCGUUCCUACCGCGAUGGUACAAAAAGCAUAAUUAUACGCGAACAUCAGUUAACGAGGGCUUGUAAAUGUGUUCGUUAGUUACCCGCGAGGCCGAGAGCGCCACCUCGCGGGAGUUGUACAUAAUGAGUGUAACCGGCCACCGUCGCCCGCGUUAUAUACUUACUUAGGUAAUAAAUUGUUAAUGUGUCGAUCACAUCGCGUGACAUUAUAUUUUAGAGUAAGUGUUUAGAUGAUUUUAACAGAGUAAUGUAUGUUACGUAGGUCGAAACAGUAGCCACUGCCGGCGUUCGCCCCGAGCGGGACCAAAAUUUGUUAGUCGCAAAUUCCAUAUCGAUAGUUGUUUGUAAAUGAAAUUUUAUCACUAGAAGUGCUCGUUUCUGGGUUGUUGUUAGAUAGAGAAAUCGUUUAGAGUAUGAGCUCAAAUUUUGCGACUUAUUUCUAUGAAUUGGAGUGCCUUUGCGCUGGAGCUUAGUUAAUUCUCCAUACUUAACGAAAUGAUUUCCAUUUUAUUGUGUAAUUACUUUGUCCUUUCCAAGGAUGUCAUUUCUAACCUAAGGGAAGAUUUAUACCUUGUGAGAGCUGUUGUGAUUCAUAACUCAUUUGUAAAAAUAAAUUAUUGUGAUACAA